ACAUUCCAAUGUUCGGAGUCAAAAAAAUUAUGGGCAGAACAAACGGAGAACUGAGUGAUACAUGCACUGCCUUGCUUACUUUUCUAAACUACUUUUCCCCUUAUUGGGUUUGGAUUAACGGCUUCCUCCAUAAACUAGAUGUAGACAAAUAACCAUUACAGAAUCUUUGAGCAAGGAACUGUCAAAGUAGCAGUAUAUAUUCUGGAAAUGGAGCAGAAGGAGAAGAUGCUCAAUGCAUCUCACAAUAAAGCGGAACAUAAGGAAGAUGAGAAAUUGGACAAACCAUCUCAACAUCCACAAGAGAAGAAAGAUAAUGCUACUCCUGUUGACACAGAGGAUGUAGUAAAACCCUCUGUUGAUCUAGUUCUCUUUGAUAGUCUUGUCAAUAUGGGCAUAGACAAACGACUAGCAACAAAGGCCCUAAUGUGUACUGGCAAUAAAAAUGUGGAUACUGCAUUGUCAUGGAUAGCUGAAUUGGGUGCAGAUGAAAUGGAAGCUCUGUGUGGAAGCAGUGAUCAUGGUUCUAUUGAGAGUGAUGAAUGUGAGGAUUGUGAAGAGGAUGAUGACGAGGACACGUAUUACAAGAUGGUCUUUGUCAUAAAUACAGAGUUUGGCAUGGGGGUCGGCAAGGUAGCUGCACAGGUGGGGCAUGCUGCAUUAGGGCUGUACAGGCUGCUCAAGGAGGAUGGAGAAAAAUACGAUGCCAGUGUUGAGGAGUGGGAAGAAUUUGGAGAAAGGAAGAUAGCAUUAAAAGGUAAAAAUUCCCAAGAACUUAUUGAACUUCAAAAGAAAGCAGAAGCCCUGUACCUUCCCACAUAUCUGGUCCAGGAUGCGGGUAAAACCCAGGUUCCCGUGGGAUCUACAACGGUCUUGGCAAUAUUUGGUGAUGAAGAGGCAGUGAAUGAAGUUACAGGCAAAUUAAAGCUUUUGUGAUACUCUUGUGUUAAGUGGCCCAAAUCACAUUCAUUCUUAUGGGUAAUAUUUAAAAACUCCUGGUGGGUGGAAAGGGGAGUGAGGCAACAUUUACAAAAAAUAUAGAUUAUAUAAUCUUUUACUUAUUUUAUAAAUACUGUAUUGCAUUUAAGUAGCAGAAGAGAGUGUAAAGUCACAUUCUGAAAGAUGAUAUUAUGUAAAACUUUCAGUUGCUGAAAAGUAAAUUGUUGAAUGAGAUCCAUCAGUUUGGUUGAAAACUGGAUCUUGAAAUAUAAUUAAAAAAGAUGUAAUUUGACCUUACAAAAUUGCAGAGCUAUAUAUAUGAAAAAUAUGUAAAACUCGUGAAAAUUGGUUCAUAAGUAACAAACUUAGAAGCUUUUUACUUAUACAGUUAAGUAAAAUUAAAUCAAUGAUUGCACCACCAGUAUUGCAUAUGAAGAAGAUAAUGCUUGAUUGUCUUGAAACUUCACAUGAUUAUUCGUGGUGCUACAUCCUCAAAUGUAAGAAGUUUCAUGGAAAUCACAUGUCAAACAAUGGAGAAAAAUUAUAGAUCUACCAAAAAUACAAAAAUCUGAGUAAGGGUGCACUGCUAUUUGAAUAAAACUAUAUACGAAUGUUAUUGACACUUGUUACUAAGUUUAUUUGUUACAUAAUGACAAAUUACAGUGAUAGAAAGCAUGCUCUCAUUAUAAUGUCCGAAGAAUGUGUCAUGCAGGUGAAGUUUCUGCUAUGACAAUAUCACUACCUCAUGAUGUUCCUGAGUAAGUGUUGAGUUACCAGUGUCACUAUGCAUGCCACUCCUUCGGGUAGAAUCACAAUGCCAGUUGGAAUCAUUGUGACCCAAUGACAUUUGCCGCACAUGUCUAAACUUUCUUGCAUGUAUUGCUUUAAGUUGACGUUUAGGGUGUUUUGAAGAGAAAGGCAUCUCUGAAUAUGGGAGAUGUAUAAUGGACAAUGUUGAGUGUAUCUCUGCUAAAAUAAAAACCAAGUGUGAAACUGUAGCACAAAUCUGCUACGAGUGUGUGUCACUGACAGACUCCUCUCAUCAUGCGAGCUUUGUAUGUAUGCAGGUUGCCAGGAUGUAUAAACAAAACAAAA